GGAAGUGUUUGUCAAAGCGGAAGUGCAGACCUCCCCACGUGACUUAACCCUAAACAACAUCGUUAUGUGUUAGUGCUGCGUCUGUUCGCUUAAAGGCUACACAAUGUUUCUAACCACUGCAAAUUUGGCCAAGGCAAAAUCAAAGACCAUCUUGGUGCAGAUGAUGAGCUCUGCAGGGACCGGCUUCUUCUUCAACACGAAGAGGAACCGUCUCAGAGAGAAACUGGUGCUGCGCAAACAUGAUCCAUUUGUGAACAAGCACGUCCUGUUCUUGGAGAAGAGGAAGAUCAAAUCGAUUUGACAAUGCACCAAAAUAUAUGGACAACAUAAACCUACUCGGUUUGAACAGACUAUUUUUUAUUGUCAUGGAUUAUACAAGCUUAUUUGUCAGUCAACAUUUCUGUUUGGUCGGUUGACGCGUUGUCAGAUCUGCUUGGAUCUUCUUGGAUCUUCCAAAAGGCCUCCACUCUCCCCACUGCACCAGAUCAGCAUAACGCAAACCCCGACUGAGCUUCAAGAGAAUAAUUAUAAAAGUAAUGCUACUCAUUGGACCUAAACAUGGCAUUGAUUACAAUUCAGUCAAGUGUUUUGCAACUUUAUAUUUAAACUGGAUCCCUUUAUGAAACCAUUUGUGUAAUAUGAUUUAUUUGGGCUACUUCUAAGGAUGUUUGUCAAUUAUUAAACAGUUUAAAACUA